UGCACCCUACGGCUAUCCGUAAUGACAAAAUUACCUUUCCAUCAACUCCACCAGCUUUCGCCUCUAUCACCUUUAGCGGCAUCCACCAAUCUCAUCAAGACCUACUGCAACAGCGGCCGGCUCUCCGACGCCCGCCAGGUUUUCGACGAAAUGCCUGACCGCGAUGUCGUCUCGUGGACGGCUAUGAUCUGUGGCCCCACCGCCCGGCCCAAAUACGCUUGGGCCAGCUUCCGAUCCAUGGCUUCCGCCGGCGUAAACCCCAAUCCCUUCACCCUUUCCAGCAUUCUCACGGCCUGCAAGGCCAUGGAACUCGCCGGAGUUACAGCCGCAGUGCAUGCUCUUGUUAUCCGACGAGGUAUUGAGGGCCAGAUGCAUGUCGAUAAUGCGAUGGUAGAUGCGUAUUCUGCUUGCCCCGGUGGCAUUGCUGACGCACGCCAGGUGUUCGAUGGAAUCUCUCAAAGGAGUCCCGUUUCGUGGACUACAAUAAUUGCCGCCUAUGUUCGCUGGGGAAAUGGUGCCGCCGCGGUUCAGAUGUGCCAUCGGAUGUUUCAGGAGGGAGCUGAAUUAACUCCAUUCACUUUAUCCAUAACGGCUCGAGCCAGCGCUGCAGUUGGGAGCUUAAUGCUCGGCAAGCAAAUCCAUGCUGCCACUUUUAAAAUGGGGCACAACAUUAACCUUCACAUUUCAAAUGCAAUCACUGACAUGUACUUAAGAUGCAUGAGCUUUUCAGACGCCAAACAAUACUUUCUUGAGAUGUCUCAGAAGGAUUUGAUCACUUGGAACACGAUGAUAGCCGGUCUUAGUUGCGCAGACUCCAUUGAUACUUUUCGUCUCCUCCUAAACAUGUUUUCACAAUCCAUUCAGCCGAAUCCGUUCACUUUCACCAGCAUCAUUUCCUCUUGUGCAAAACUCUCAGUUUUAAGCUUUGGUCAACAAGUUCACAGUUCUGUUCUACAAAGAGGCUUUGGACAAAACCAACAGAUAGCAAAUGCUCUUAUUGACAUGUAUGCAAAAUGUGGCAGUAUAGCUGACUCGCAGAAAGUUUUCCAUAACAUUUGUUAUAGAGAUUUGGUGUCGUGGACAUCAAUGAUCAUUGGGUAUGGAGUGCAUGGAUAUGGGAAAGAGGCUAUUGAAUUAUUCAAUGAAAUGAUGAUCUGUGGGAUCCAACCUGAUUCAAUAUUGUUUAUGGGAGUAAUAAGUGCUUGUAGCCAUGCUGGUUUGGUGGAGGAAGGUUUGAACUUUUUCAAUUUGAUGGAAAGAAUGUAUGGUGUUCAUCCUGAUAAGGAGGUGUAUGGUUGUGUGAUUGAUCUACUUGGUAGAAGUGGGAGGCUAACAGAGGCUUCUGAGUUGAUUGCAAAGAUGCCAUUUGAGCCAGAUGAAUCGCUAUGGGGGGCACUUCUCGGAGCUUGUAAGAUGCAUAGCAAUGUGAAUUUGGGAAGCAUUGUUGCUCGGAAGAUACUGAAUUUGAAGCCGAAGGGUGCGAAGACUUACGUUAUUGUGUCGAAUAUUUAUGCUGCUAUGAAUGAAUGGGCUUCGUUCGCGGAGAUGAGGAAGCUUAUGAGAGGAGUGGGUGGUAAGAAAGAGGUGGGGAUAAGUUGGAUUGAGGUAAGAGAUGAAGUAUACAGGUUUGUUGCGAGCGAUCGAAGUAAUCCAUGUGUUAGUCUGGCUUCUGAAGUCUUGGCGAUGUUGAUUUAUCACAUGGAUAGGGAGAUGGUUGGAUUAUAAGUAUUUUACAACAUUUCAUAGCCAUGAGUUUAUUUGGCCUUAUCAAAAUCAAACAAUCAUGUUCAAUUGGUAUGGACAAAUCGUGAUGGAUUGGGCAGAUGCUCCUGUUUAAGUUGAACAACAAGACAAGAGUGUCAUCGAUCACACUGUCAUCUCAUCAAGGCAGGCUCUAUAUGGCACUGAGAUUUACAAGAGCUCAAACCAACAACUACAACACAUUGCUUAGUUGGCAUUAUCAUGGCCUCGAAAAAAAAGGUGCUAAGCCGAAGCAGGAUGUACGAUGAUUGCACUAAGGUAGUUCCUCAAUUGAAAAUUGAAAAUGGAGGUUUCAUACUCUGUGGUUUCAAAUCCAUACCUCUUCAUCGAGACCUAGAUUUUUUCCCCCCAGAGCAAAUGAUUGAUUGAAUUUCUUUGAAUCCUUGACUAGAAAUGUCCAUAAUAGUGAGUUAGUAAUUUGUUCAAGUAUGUACCUAUUGGUAACCCUUUUAAGAAGCUCAAAUGCCACCCAACCUAUAGAGCAACUUUGUUCCUCCAUCUCCCUCUUCCUCCCUAAUCUACUUAUAUUUUAUUAUUCACUAUUAUAAAGAUUCUUUCGAUAUUUUCUUCCAUAGACUCUUUACUUUUUACUUGGGCCUUGACUUAGUUGAGCUCAUGAUUGAUAAGUCAGAUUUGAUUCUUACAUCUUUAGAUAUGUUGACCAUAGAAUCAAGUUGACUUGGAUUUGGUUUGUUAUUUUUAAUGUGCUUUGAGUUCCAUGUUUUAUGAUUUCAUCCAAUAAGAAGCACUAGAGCUUGUUUCUAUUUACUUAUGAAAGAAUUCUAUGAUAUGUCAUGAAAUAACUUGUUCUAAC